AUGCUGCAGUCGGACUACCAAUCUUGCGAAGACUCCUCGUCCUCCACAAACACCGUAUGUGCACGUCUAGCGUCCUCCAGUCCGCCGGAAUCCUUCGCCAACUCUUACCGUCUGCCGCUAGCUGCGCGGGCGUCCUCCCGGUCGCCACGACCCGCAGUCCUCAUCAUAUCGGACGAGAUCCCCGUCCAAGACGUCCAGCGGCCGGCUCCCGUUGCAAUCAAAACGCCUCUCUCCGUGCACUCAGCUUCGUCUCGAGACUACAGAAAACCCGAUGGCAGCAACAACAUUCAACAUGCACCGCAGCGGGUCAUUUCUAGGCGAGUUUGUGGCCGCCACCGAGCCAUAACGGCCGUCUGUCUGCUGAUAUUCGGUGGACUAGUAAUCCCAGUGUCGUGGGUAGCUCUCCUGGACCAAAACUCGGGAGCUAGAACCGUGCACUUCAGCCAACAUGGUGGACAGCGACACGUGCAAUGCCGCGACAUUCGGACUCGGUUGCAAUUUGUCCUCAUCGGGCAGGGGUUGGUGUUAUCACUGACGGGCGUGUUCCUAGCGGGAUGCUGGUCUGGAGAACCCAACCUAGACCAAGACUGCAACCACAAAGAACCAUGUAAAGUCCUAAAGCAGCUCAGUUCCAUCUCUACCUUAGUAACGGUGGUGAUGGUCCUCAGCUUUACUGCAGUAUUGGCAUGUCUAGCCUUGUAUGUCUGGGAGCUAAUGUCCAGCACUAUCUACUGUAGCUGGUCACCCAGUGAGUAUGCCAUACUCGGCUCUCUGGAGCUAGCGGCCACUCUGAUGUCUGCAGUUUCUACUGGUGCCGUGUCUAUGCUGACCGUCUGCAGAAAGUAA